AGAUGUAAUUAGUUGGAGUAAUGGUCUUCUUGUCUCCCGUGGGAGAAGGGAGGUGGGAGUUGCUAGGACUGCCUGGCUGCUGAUCUGUGGAGCCGAGCCAUUAUUUCGUUGUGGGUAUUGAUUAAUCGAGGUCUUGCCAUUGACGAAGCUGCCUGGCAGAUGCAGUGGAAGACUCUCUCCUCCUCUAUAUUUCUUCCUUCCUACGUACGGCAGGCGUUGAUCUUGCCGUAUAUAUAUGCAUCUCUUCUUCCCCCUUACGAGAUUCUGCCCGUGGAACCCAUGGCAGGAGAUUCAACUGAUCUUCCCUUAUCUUAUUAUAUAGAUUAGCACCAUCCCCAGCUGCGGCUUAACUCAAGCCACAUCUCUCUCUCUCUCCCUCGAUUGCAGCAACAGUUGCCGCCCGAUUGCUCGCCUCGCCUGCUCGAAAGUGCUGGUUGGCGGUGAGAUAAUUAAUUGCCGGCCGAGAGAUCAAGGAAUGGACGGCAUUACAACACUGGAGGCCAGUAUCAUCUUCAUCGGCCUCCUGCUUGUCAUGAUCAGGGCACUGGCCGUAGGGAACAACCAUUCGCCGGUCUCUCCAUCGGAUGAGGGAGCUACCGAGCUUAAAGGCGAUGUACCGUCACCACCUAUUGGAGCCGCUUCUUCGUCAGCACAUGAGAAUGAUGAUAAGCGAUUCCUGUACAACGCUUUUUUGAGUUUCAGAGGGAAAGACACCAGAAACAGAUUCGUCAGCCAUCUGUAUAGGGCCCUUAAACAGAGUAAUGUGAGCGCUUUCAUGGACAACCGCGAUUUAGGGAAGGGGGAACCUAUCGAAAACUUGUUGAAGGCCAUCAAAGAAUCGAUGAUAUUGCUGCCCAUAUUCUCCAAGAAUUACGCCGACUCCGUUUGGUGCCUGAAGGAGAUCACUGAGAUGGUGGAGGUGAUGAAGACGGACCAGAGCGUGGAUAUCGUGCCCAUAUUCUUCGACGUAGAACCGGACGACGUUCGGUGCUGGUACAGGCAUUCUGAGGGUCGGUUCCGAAGUGCGAGUGCGGAUGAGAAGAAGAAGUGGAGGAAAGCGUUGCGGAAAGUAACCAGCAUUCAUGGGUUCACUCUCAAGAGUAACGCCAACGGGGACGAAGCAGAAUUAGUUGACAUUAUUGUUGAGGAGGUGCAAUCAAAAUUAGGCAAGAGUCCCCUGCACGUUGCGAAGUACCCAAUUGGAAUGGAAGGUCAAGUUCAAGAAGUAAGGAAGCUCUUGAAGAAAGAUGGACAGGGCGUAAACAUGAUCGCGCUUCAAGGAAUGCCUGGCAUCGGAAAGACCACAAUUGCCAAAGCCGUUUACAAUGAAUUGUUCCAUGAUUUUCAUGGCGCUUCCACUUUCAUUUCAGAUGUAGGGGAGAAGUUUCGGAAAGGCGAAGGCGUCAAAUGCCAGGAGCAACUUAUCUAUGACAUAAUGGGCAAAGAAGACCGUUUCAAACAUUCCAUAGGCAGCACCGACGCUGGAAUAAACAAGAUCAAAGAGACGACAAGGUGUAGGAAGGUCUUGGUUGUUCUAGAUGACAUUGAUCGUGUAGAACAACUACAAGCAUUGGCUGGCGCGCGAGAUUGGUUUGGUCUAGGGAGCGUGAUCAUCAUCACGACGAAAGAUAAGAGUCUACUGUCGAAACAGGAUAUCGAGGAAAGUCAAAUUUAUAAGCCCAAGUUAUUGGACGAGGAAGAAUCGUUCCAGUUUCUGGUGCGCCAUGUCCUUAAGGGAAGGCAACCAACAAAAAAGGAGCUCGACAUGUUAAGAGAGAUUGCUAAAACUGCUGGAGGUCUGCCCUUAGCCAUUGAGGUGCUUGGUCCUCAUUUGUCUUGCAAAAGAAACAUGGAAGUCUGGAGACGUGAACUAGAAAAACUAAAAGAGAUUCCAGUUGAAGAUGUUGAGAGCAAACUAAAAAUUAGUUAUGAUGGACUUCCGGACGUAGAGAAGGAGAUUUUCUUAGACAUAUGCUGCUUCUUUGUUGGUGCAGACUGCGGAAGAUCGACUCACUACUACUGGGAGGCCUGCCGUUUUCAUUCGGAAUCUGCAAUUAAACUCCUCCAGGACAGGUCCCUCAUUAGUCUGGAUAAGCAAAACCGAUUUCACAUGCACGAUCUCCUCAGAAAUAUGGGAAGGGAGAUAGUUCUGCGAAGGAGCGAGGUACCGCCGAGUUGGAAAUUAAGCAGGGUUUGGACUACGGAUGACAUCUUCGAUCUACUGGAAAGAGAUGAGUUUUAUCUUCAGGUACCGGACUGCAGUAAAGUAACAGGGAUCAUUCUCAAUAAAGAAGUGGAGGAAGGGAAAGAACUACAUAAACGUGUUGAAUGUUUUCGAAACAUGCAUUAUCUAAGAUUGCUUCACAUGGAGGGAAUAAACUUCAAGAACAACUUUCAUUAUUUUCCCAAGGAAUUGUUGUGGCUGGGACUGCCAAGGUGUUCCUUUGAGUCUCCACCGUCGGGCCUUAACCUUCGCAAGCUUGUGAUACUCAACUUAUCUAAUUGCAAUUUGGCAAGCCUAUCUUUUUUUGGAGACAUGGUCUUUGAGAAGUUAAAAGUUCUUGAUCUGAGUUCCACGGAUCUGACAAGGACACCAGAUUUCUGCAACUUCCGCUGCCUGGUGGACUUGACACUCCGGCGGUGUGAAAAACUUACUAGUGUUCAUCGAUCCAUAGGAGAACUGAAAAGCUUAGUAGCAUUGGAUAUGAGAACAUGCACAUUAUUGGAGGAGCUACCUGAUACAAUCUGCAAUUUAGGGUCAAUUGAAGUCCUUCAUCUUGGAUGGUGUGCAAAACUUUCAUCUUUGCCGGAACAAAUAGGGAACUUGAGAUCAUUGAAGGAGCUUAGCCUUAAUGAUACAGCGAUAAGAAAAGUACCUGCUUCAGUGGGGCAGCUGACAUGCCUCUCUGAGCUACCGUUACAACGCUGCAAAUGGUUGGGGCCAUUACCUGACUCAUUAACUGGUUGGUUCUCCUCAGGGAAGCUGAAAAUGUUUGGAACUCCCUUGAGAAUGAUAGGGGAUGAGGUUGACUUAAGUAAAGAAGUGGAAGUGCGGAGAGUUUCAUCAUGCAUGGUGCUUGACUUUCUAUCUGAUAAAUCAUGUAAAGCAGUAAGAGAAUUCUAUUUAACAGAUCAUAUGGUUCAAGAGUUUCCACAUAGCAUCAUAAGACUACAAAAUCUGGACAUUCUCUCGCUAAAAUGCGACCAACUCAGAGCUUUGCCUGCUUGGGUUAAGGGUAGGCGACUAGAGAAGCUUACAGAAUUGGAAAUUGAGAGCAAGAGUCUCAAGAAUCUACCAGACACAAUUGAGUCAUUGGAAGGACUGAAGACACUGAAACUAGUGUGUGAAAAUCUUGAAUCAUUACCUGACGCGAUUGAAAAACUAAAAGGCCUUGAGAUCUUUGAAUUUGCAACUGGAAAACUUGAACAGUUGCCCCAGUGGAUUGGUUCUCUAAGAAGUCUUAGACAAUUGAAAGUUAAGUGCUCCAGGAUCACAGCCAUACCUGAUUCAAUCAAACAAUUGGAAGGACUUGAGAAAUUAGAACUGCAGAUCGAUAAUCCUACCGCUCUAUCCGACUCAACUACGCUGCCGAAGAAGCUGAAUAAAUUCUCAUUGAGUUGCAAGGAUCUAAAAAGUUUGCCUGAUUGUGUUUGGUCGCUGAGAGAACUUCAGGAAUUAUCAUUAAGAGGGUGUAGCAGAAUUGAAGCGCCCCCUGAUGCCAAACUAGCGCAACUGGAAAAUCUACUUCACCUUGAUCUCUCACAAACUGGAGUCAACAAAAUCCCUGAAAGCAUUCGUUUUCUUCCAAAGUUGAGGUUCCUGCGGAUCGCUGAUCAUGUCGUAAAUGGUACUAUUUCUUUAUGGUUUGAAGGACCAGAGACGACGGGUUGAUGGGGUUCACAUCUUUAAUGAAUAGAAGAUUAAUAAAGAUAUGAUAGUUUACGACUUUAUGUAAACAGAUUUCCUUACAUAUAUGUGUAAGAUCAUUUGGUGGA